CAGUCCCUCCGCUGCGUACGCUCAAACUCCCAAAACCAGAAAUCCCACGCCAGGAGUAACGGUCUGCUCUCCUCCCAUUAAAAAACCAACCCAACAAAACAAAUAUUGUUGCUCUCUUCCCUCACUCUUCCAAUCUGCAAAUUCUUUUAUCAGAAGCUUACCCUAACAGAGCUCUAUGAUUAUGCGCAGAAUUUUUGGUCGAGAACAACGAAAAGGAAACAGCGAUGCUAAUCACAAUAACAAUAACAAUAACAAUACUAUUUUAAAGGUUAUAAUAGAGAGACGUUGCGGCUUGUCUCCACUGUCUCUAAAGGUCGACGAAGACGACGCCGUUAAUGGAAAUGGCGGGCUCGUUGUACGGAGGUAUUCAUAUCUUAAACUGCCACAGCAGCUUCUCAAGCUUACCGUACUCAAGCUUGAUGGCUCUUCGUUCGAUGUUAAUAUUGGGAGAAAUGCCACGGUGGCAGAACUGAAACAAGCAGUAGAAGAAAUUUUUUCUUCGUCACCUGAGGAAGGUCAUGACAAGAUCUCUUGGUCGCUUGUUUGGGGACAUUUUUGCUUGAGCUAUGAAAAUCAGAAGCUAAUUAAUGACAAAGUUUGCAUUCGAAAUUUUGGGAUCAAGGAUGGUGAUCAGCUUCAAUUCAUUAGGCAUAUGUCCAUCAACUAUUCAAAUUCAAGACAAUCUACGAGUCAAAAUGCUGUUCGCAAAUCCCUGGGUCCACCUUCCAAAGAUGCUAAUGUAGAGAAAGAGCAGAAGACAACUGAGGACCACACCAGCAUGAAUGAGAACCAAGAUUACAACUUAUAUGAUUAUUGUGAAGAUCAAGAGGAAAUUCCGAUAUCAGAGUUCAAAUUAGCUCACUUCUUGAGAGGGUGGCUAUCAUACUCUAGAUUAUGGGGUACUGCUUCAAGAAAAGGAUCACAAGGUCAAAAUCGGCCUUCAAAGUUUGCCUUGGAGUGCUUCGGUGGCAGACCAAGGAUGAUAAAACUGCAAAGCUAAGCUAACAACCAUGUGGAUAUAGUUAAACUCCAUGUAUAGGAAGGUGACUGCCAGUUAGAGCUCCAUUUUUGUAAGCUUUCUUUCUUAGUACAAGAGAGCAAUAAUUAGAUAUAGCUAGUUUAAUUGAAUCGUUGGUUUUACCUGGUGUUAGAUAUGAAUUUGUGAAGGUCUUUAGCAGUAAGCCACAAUCCACAAGUUUUAGCAACUUGGCCAACUCGAUUAGAUAGCGGUAGUUUUGUCCUGAUAUGUAUCAUAUAAACUGUAGUUUGCAGAGGCGUCAAGCAAACAAUUUGUAGGAGAAUUAAACAGACAUGCCAAGAUUCAUUAUAUUAGAAAAUAGUUCAGAGUGGA